CUCUGUCACAUUGAGCAACAUCCCGUUGGUGUUUCAAGGUCGCCUACGAUGAUACGAUAAGUCUUUUUUUUGAGGUCAUCCUGUGGGUAUAAAAGAAGGAACAUUCAAACUACUACAGACGCUAGAUUUCCAACAUGAAGAGAGUUACCAAGCGCCGUCAAGGUUUUGUCAAAUAUUUACGCUCUCGAGACCCCUCGAACGUGCUGACACGAGAGUUUGGAUUGCAAGGCAUCAAGUUCCAAUCGUCGUGUGUCAAGGCAAAGGACCAAUUAUGCUGGAUGUUCAAGGACCUGUGGACCAUCAACGUCAUCCUCUUUUGCCUCCAGAUGGAACUGAAGGAAGUGAAACCCGGGGAGUUUGCUCUUGUGGAACUCGUAGGACACUGUAAUUGUCACAAACUGUCGGGAAAGUGUAACAUAACGCAAGCCGUUAUAUUGCUGCAUCUAAUCCUGAAAAUGCACAAGUGUAUCAGGUACGUGCGCCUGUCGGCGUAUGCUUUAAAUAGUCCGUAUUACAAAGUCAUUUACGAGGGACUUUCGGCCAGCAUCGGUGUGAAGGAAUUUACGUGUACGGAAAGCGCAAUAACUAUGAAGAGCAUGCUGUUCAAGUCGCUGCAUGCUCUCGAGAAUCUUCGAAAGCUCGUUCUCGUCAACGCAAAUGUACCGUUUUCGAGCGUAAAUGACUUUAACAUCGCCCUGGCUUCUCUGCCGCUAGAACACGUCGAGUUUGCACUGAACGAUUUUGGCUCGUACGACGUGUUUCGAUACCUUGCCGAUAGGCCUAUGUACCUCAAGCGACUCGUGUACAACAAUCCGAUCAACUCAGAUGUUCUCGGAAGCAUAUGCAAGAUACUCGAGAGUCCGAUCUGCGUCUUGGAGAACUUGCAGCUGGUAUUGUGCUUGCGCAAAUACCUAACCGACAUGAAACUAAUGUGUGCUCUGGCGAAAAACGCAACCUUGAAGAGUCUCCAACUCUCCGCCUUCGAGUUGACUACCGAAAUGACGCGGAUGAUCGCAGACGUCGUCGCGAGCAGCGAAAUCUUGGUCGACCUCGCGCUCAAUGUCUGCGGCUUGACGGACGAUUCGGCUCGGUACCUGGGGGACUGUCUGAGAAGCAAUCCGCGCCUUCAAGUAUUGAACGUCGAAAUGAACGAAAUCACCGCUGUGGGUUAUCGGUACAUCGUCGAAGCCUUAACCUCCAACGACAACUUGCGUCAGUUAAAGCUGUACGACGGCGAGAUAUUUCGUCAGUUGAUCGACUGUAUGGGCGUGACCGACACGUUUCAUCGCAUAGACGUGUAUGUCAUGCAAUUGAUAUCGCCCGGCCUGCAUGCGAUCGUGGAGUCGAAACUGCAAGACAUCGAGAGACUGUCCAUAGCGUGCCGUGAAUGUCACGACGGGGACUUUAUGAAUAUGUGCGCGUUGUUGGAAAGGUCGACGACGUUAAAGCGACUCUGCGUCAACCUGCCAUAUAUGGUGUCUAUGCGUGCGAUCCAUGGACUGGCGAGACUGAUCGCGCGCACAAAGAGCAUCGAUACUCUACAAUUCGACAGCAAUGUGGUGCAUCCCGACGUGGCCAAAGUCAUACUGAUUGCUCUUGCGCGCAACGAAAGCAUCACGCGGAUUGUGUGGAGCUAUGGCCUGAUCACGGAUGCGUCAAAGCGACAAUUAUUUCGAAUGUUGUCUAAAAAUCGUACCCUCGUGCACAUAGGAAUUAAGUUAGGUCUCACAGGCAAAAGCUAUCGAAAGAUGGCCCAAAAAAUUGGCCCCAACGUACUGACGUUGGAUUCGAUAGACGAUCAGUGCUGUUUCGAAGUGGCGGAGACGCUACGCCGCAACGCGUACCGAAUGAACAGGGCUAUGGGACUCUUGAUGCGUCCAAACCACACCGUGAUGGUGGAAGCAGCUAACGUGAAGGAACUGGAACCGCUUCUCUACACCACGGGGUUUGCUCAUCACUACGCCACCAUGAGAGACAUUUGUCCGCUACCGCUUUCCAAGUCCCUAAUCCGGUAUCGCCGAUAUGUGAGGGAUCACUUCUUUCGCCUGAUCCGUGUUAGCAACGACAUGGUGUUUGACGCUCGACCAUUCCUGAAUUACAAGUGUUGGGACCACGUGGCGUCAUACUUGCGACUCAGUGACGUGAUGAUUUAA